AUGCAACGACGCAGUUUGUUAUCGCUGCUCUCGCGGGGCUCUGCUCGCCCGUCUCUCCGGCCAUCACAAGCACUAUUAUUCCCCUGCAAUGCCGUUAAUCGAUCUCGAUCCCUGACAUCCCCGCUUCUGAAACGAUCACUGUCGACCCUCCCAAACCUUCCUCUCUUCCAAGCCCUCCAGAACCACGACCAGUCGAGCCUUGCUGUUGUUCACAGCGCGUCAUCCCGUUCCUUUACAUAUGGCAAUCUAGUCGGGGAUGUUCUUCGUGCGAAGGAACGGCUCCUCCACAAUGCGGGUGGGAAGAAAGAUGCUCUCCCCGGGGAACGGAUUGCGUUUCUCGCGGAGAAUAGCUACGAUUACGUAGUGACGCUUCUUUCUAUCCUUGCUAGCGACGCGAUUGCCCUUCCGCUUUCCCCGGCUUUUCCUGUUGGUGAAUUGAAGUAUAUUAUGGACAAUUCUCAGGCGAAGAUGCUGGUUGCGACGGAGAAGUAUGCCAAUAAAGCACAUGAUAUUUUGAAGACGGGGCUGGAUAGGGAGCCGAUACUGGAUAUCACAGAGAAGAUUCAGACAGGGGCAAGUUAUUCAGAUAAGGUCACGUUGGAGGACCUGGCGGGACAAAAGUCGUCGGGUGGAAUGAUGCUUUACACCUCGGGGACUACGAACAGACCGAAAGGUGUACUCAUUCCUCAAUCAGCACUCACGGCUCAGGCAUCUUCUCUGCUGCAGGCCUGGAACUAUGCCCCAGAAGAUCGCUUACUGCAUCUUCUUCCUCUCCAUCAUAUCCAUGGAACGGUUAACGCCAUUGUUGCACCGGUUCUUGCAGGUUCUUCAAUCGAAUUUAUGUUCCCCUUCAACACAGAUGCAGUGUGGAACAGACUCGCUGCUCCCUUUUUACCCGACGCUUCAAACAAAAGCAAGAUUACCUUCCUCACCGCCGUUCCGACCAUCUACAACCGACUUCUUUCUUCUUUUCCCGACUUGAAGCCCGAAAUCCAAGAAGCAGCCAGGGAGGGUAUCUCGCCUGAAAAUCUUCGUCUCAACAUCUCCGGUUCUGCAGCCCUGCCCACACCAACUAAAAAGGCAUGGCAGGAUCUCAGCCAGGGCAACGUUCUUCUUGAACGCUUCGGAAUGACAGAAGUUGGAAUGGCUAUCAGCUGUGGCCUUGACUUUGCGGAUCGUGUGGACGGUAGCGUCGGCUGGCCCCUACCAUCCGUAGAAGCCAGACUCGUCGACACAGACACGAACGAAGAGAUCAAACCAGGCAAGGAGAUCGGUGCUAACGGCCGUGAACGAGAGGGUGAAAUUCAACUCCGCGGUCCUACCAUAUUCAGUGAAUACUGGGGAAAUGCAAAAGCCACACAGGAAACCUUUGUCGACAGCGCCGACGGUAAGGGCAAAUGGUUCAAGACCGGAGACGUCGCUACUCGAAGACCCGUCGAAACCGCUGGCAAGGGAACCAGCGGCGAAUGGGCACAGGGACCCAUGUAUUUCAUCCAAGGCCGGAGCAGCGUGGAUAUAAUCAAAACAGGCGGGGAGAAAGUCAGCGCCUUAGAAGUGGAGCGGGAAUUACUUUCCCUCCCUCAAAUCAAAGAAGCAGCCGUCGUCGGCCUCCCGUCCGAACAAUGGGGCCAAAAAGUCGCCGCUAUCGUCGUCUUGAACGCCGAAAAGGCCGCGAAUACCGGCCGCAAGGGUAAACCCUGGGGUCCGCUGGAUAUGCGACGCGCACUUCACGAUCGUCUAGCGAGCUAUAAGAUUCCGCAGGAGAUGAAGAUUCUCCAGGGCCCGAUUCCUAGGAAUGCCAUGGGUAAAGUCAACAAGAAGACGCUUGUUAAGGAGGUUUUUGGGCCUUGA